AUAUAUUGAGAUUCGUUUGAGAAACUUCAAUACUCAAAUAAUAAUUGUCUAUGAUCCUUUUGGAAUGUCCAAAUUUUUUCAGAUAGUUGAGCGUUGUAAGGGAUUUCCACUUGCCAUUACAGUGGUGGGCAGAUCGCUUCGUGCACAACCUCUAGAGAUGUGGCAAAACAGACUAAGUCAAUGGGCUAAAGGUUCAUCUCUUUUUGAUUCUGAGACUGAUUUACUUCUUUCCCUCCAAAGCAGCUUGGAUGCUUUGGAUAAGGAAAGGGCUAUCAUCAGAGAAUGUUUCUUGGACCUUGGUUCAUUUCCUGAAGACAGAGAAAUCCCCGUUGAUGCCCUCAUUGAUAUAUGGUCCGAGUUAUAUGAUAUUGAUGAAGACACUUCGUGUAUUGCAAACCUCUAUGAACUCAACAAUCGGAGUCUUGCUAAUCUUAUAGACAGAAGGGCAUCGAGCUUGGAUGGGGAAGGAUAUUAUGGUUACCACUAUGUCACCCAACAUGAUGUGCUUAGGGAGCUCGCUAUUUAUCACUCGAAACUAGAUCCGGUAGAGCAUAGAGAAAGAUUGAUCAUAGACACAUGUGGAAGCAAUCUUCCCAAGUGGUGGAGGGAACAAAAGUAUCAAGUUAUGAAAGCUCGUCUUCUAUCUCUAUCAGCUGGUAGGUCCCAGUCUUCAACUUUGAAAUGCCUCAACAUGCAUCUGCCAGAAACAGAGGUACUGAUCUUGAAUAUGCGGUACUUGAAUGUGCGGGACAUGUUGUAUAUACCCGAAUUUGUGGAGAAAAUGGACAAAUUGAAGGUACUAGUAAUCACAGGUGAGGAGGCCCGGGUUCCAGUUGUCUUGCAUAAUUUUCAAGUACUAAGUCGGUUAUCCAAUCUAAAGAGAAUCAGAUUAAGGGGCAUCUCAAUUUCAUCCAUAGUCAAGAACUCCAUACAAGUGAAGAGUCUACGCAAGUUGUCUUUGAUCAGAUGUAGUACCGGAAUCGGUUCGGCCAAACUUGCCCAUGCUUUUCCAAAUCUAGAAGAGAUACACAUCAAACACGGUUCAUUAUUAUUUCACUUGCCAAGUGAUACUAGGACAGUACUUCGAGGGCUAUGUGAUCUGAUUUCCCUAAAGAAGGUCACCCUCACAGAAGUUCGAGUAUUUCAAGUAUGGGCUUUGCCUGACGAGAUUGGAAAUUUGGUCAAUUUACAAGUAUUGAGGCUGAGGUCAUGUCCUGAUCUUUCAGAGCUUCCAAACUCGAUCAAAAACCUCAAGAAGUUGAACUUUCUUGGCAUCUUUAAUUGCGAAGAAUUCCGCGAGUUACCUGAAUGCAUUGGUCAAAUGAGGAGUUUAAGAAAGAUCGACACGAGAGGUUGCAGGAGAUUGACGACUCUGCCUCGAUCAGUAUUGGAUUUGAAGCAGUUAGAGGAGGUGACAUGUGAUGAAGAUACAGAAAGCUUAUGGAAAUCCCUGUUGCCCAGUUUCAGAGACAGAAACCAAGACAUACGCAUAGUGAUUGGGCCGCCACCAUUGCGAUAA